AUGUUGUUCUUGCUUCUCUUGGCAGCUUCUUGUGCUGCCUCAGGUGGCCGACGUUUUCCUCCGUGUAAGACAGCUGGGUGGCUAGAGUGUGUGCCUCACUUAACAGAGAAACCGGCAACUUUUCUGAUCUUCAAAGGUUCAUGUGUCCUGUGCGAGGGCCUGGGUGGGGACGUUGCCUCUGUAAGUCCUUUCCCUUUCCUUGCUACAGUCCAUGCAGUGGCAAUAAGAGGAUAUCCCUUCCAUGUCCUGUCGGCCAGGAAACUGGCACCGCUCGAGCAUUCGAAGGUCGACGCUUUGGCUCUGAUAGACGCAAACAUCACUGAUGUGGAGAAUAACACUUUCGCUGGGUUUUCCAGUCUGGAGAAACUGUCCUUAGAUUCUAACAGGUUGGAAAGUGUUAAUCAGACCUGGUUUACUGGCUUGGAGAAUCUGUUGGUGCUGAUUUUGUCCAACAACAGCAUCAGGAGGAUAGAGCCUGGUAUCUUCGUGAACCUACCUCGCCUACAUGUCUUGGAUCUGGAGAACAACUUGUUACAGGCUAUAGACCCUUCCUUGCUCUUUGGACCUAAUUACAAAGUUGGACUAAUCCUGAUUCUGAGCUCGAAUGCAAUCAGUAGCGUUUCCCGGGGGUCAUUCCAUUGCAUAAGCCUGGCCUGGUUAGACCUGAGGGAUAAUGACCUGUCAUGUUUGGAUGAAGAUGUGUUCCGGGGACAGUCUUCACUAUUACGGCUCCAUGUCAGCAGCGGGAACACAACCUCUGAAGGUGUUGGCAUGGCAUUUGUCAAGAAACAACACACGGACGCACUCACCACCACUGAGUCUAGCACGCACAACACCCACACAAACACAAGGAACAUCACCUGCAUUCUUCUCACCAGAGGUGAGCACACAAUGUUCUUCACCGUUCCCGACCCGGUCCAUGGCCACCAUGGCCAGUGCCAGACCUACACAACAGAAACCUCUUACACAGCCGGUACUAUUAAGCACUCCAGUAGCCCGACACACUACACUGACAUUACUGAGACAGAGAACACAUCUUCAGAAUCGGGGCACUACGACUCCACACUUCAUGUGAUGAGUAAUACCACACUUGGACCAGAUCUAGAGGUGGUUCAGGCACCAUGUCAUAUUGUCAUCCCAGUUGUUGUCUCGGCAGUGGCCGUUCUGGCCAUGUCGUUCCUUGCAGUGUUGCUGUGGAAGGUGCGUGCAGCAAGGUUGAACACUGAGGAUGACAUGGCCAGUGACGAUGCACACGUUUGGACAAUCGAUAUCCCCCUUGACGUUACCUUCCCCAGCUUGCUGAGGUCCGCUUCCCUCCCUACUGCACGUUCAGGAAAGACGGCGUCGGACGACGCAGCCUCUUGUAAGUCAUUGCCCGCCGUCCUGCAUUCCAUCGAACCUACUUACAGCGAGAUCCCAGAUGACGUAGCUUGCGCUCACAGACCUCUGCCUGGUCUCCCACACGUGUACUCGGAUGACGCCGGUGUGGUCCGGUCAGCUUCCCUCCCUGCGUGCAGUCGCGGGGCCACCCCAGACGAUGCAGCGUCCUGUAGGUCAUUGCCGGCUGUUCUACAGUUCAUCGAACCCACCUACAGCCAGAUCCCAGAUCACAUCGCCGCUGCCCAGCGUCCUCUGCCUGCUCCCCCGCGCGUCACACUACCUAACACCUACUGGCCAUGGGAGAUCCCAGGGGAGGGAACCCGUAAUACACCACGGCGUGCGUCCCUCCCCACCGUCACACUACUUAACAUUGCUGGUGUGGUUAUGACCACACAGUCCUUCUCCAAUACUGGUGAGGAUAAGCCUACCAUCAACCUUCCCCCGUACGGGAGCAAGGGAGACGACCAAGCAGGAAGCGGAGAUUCAGAAGUUCUCUCCCCGCACAGCGGAUGGAAAGGAGUCCAGGUGAAGCCGCAUGACUUGGUUGAAAACGACGCUGAAAUUCACAACCGUCCGGACGGCAUGAUCUUGGUGAUUACGGGAGGGCCGUCCGCUAUCAUGAACAGGCACUACAGAUGA